CUGCUUCCUCCAUCCUCCUUUUAUAUCUUUGUUGUUUCACCUUAAUGCAUCAAGAAUAAUGGAACAAGAUUGUGGUGCUGUUGCAGCAGACUGUGUUGUCCUUUGUUGCUGCUGUGAAUGCUUUAUGCUACAGUUCUUUCUCUUCGUCUUUUUCAAGAUCCCUCAAAAACUUGCUCACAAGAUGAAGAAGUUUGUCAUCAGAAGAAAGAAGAGAAGAGACAUGAAAACCUUUCUACCUACAAAGGAGGAAGAGCAUUUGUCUGGCGAUGAGUCGAGAGUUAGUUGCAUGGAAGGUAUUGAGGAGAUGUUGCAGGAACUUUCCAUGGAUGGAGAGUUUGUGUUUGGGAGUUUCUGGCGACAAGGAGACUCUACAAACGAUUUGGAUUCCAGAAACUCACUAAAAACAAUGAUCAUUCCUUGUCAUUGCUCAUCACACAAGAUGACUUAUUGCAUUCAAGAAUCCAAUUAACAAAGCGUUAACAGGACUGAACCAAAGAGGUAUACAUAACUUACCCUAUGCUCUAAGAAU